AUGGCAAUCGUCAACAAGAUACGGAUCCAUGGCGACAAGAUGGAGGACGUUACCAUCAUUGAGAAGAUUCUUCGUUCAAUGACAGCAAAAUACAACUAUGUUGUUUGUUCAAUUGAGGAAUCUAAAGAUACUUAUGAAUUAUCCAUUGAUGAAUUGCAGAGUUCCUUAAAUGGUGGUAGAAAAUCUAAUUUUGCAGAAAAGGAAAUGUCAUUAUUGAUAUCUUGUCAUGAGAAGGAGGAAACCCACAAGAAUUGGUGGUACUUAGACACAGGUUGCAGCAACCAUAUGUGUGGAGAUAAGUCUGCCUUCUCCAAUUUGGAUGAAUCUUUCUAUAAUUCUGUGAAGUUUGGUGAUGAUUCUAAAGUAUCUGUCAUGGGCAAAGGAAAUGUAAAAAUUCACAUCAAAGAAAAGUCCAAUCAAAUUAUUUCCAACAUUUUCUUUGUUCCAAAUCUGAAAACCAACUUGCUAAGUGUUGGUCAGCUCCAAGAGAAGGGAUAUGAGAUUUCUAUCAAAGAUGGAGUCUAUCGCAUUCAAGACAAAGAAUUAGGUUUAAUUGCUCAAGUUAAUAUGGCGACAAACCGGAUGUUUCCAUUGUAUCUCGAUAACACCACUCAGUCAUGUUUUUCUGUGAGAUAG